AUGAUUGCAACGAAUCCGAACAUUGGAGUUGUACCCGUUGUAGUGAAGCGCGUGCUGUGCCAGCGGAAGCGGGGGAUCGUGUUCAACGUGACGGGGAACCCUUACUACAUUGAAGCUUUGAUCAAGAACGUCGCGGGAUCGGGCGAUCUCCGCCGAGUAGACCUGUCGCUGAACCGCGGUCCGUUCCAGCCCAUGGUUCGAUCCUACGGGUCGGUCUGGACGUUUUCGGGGCAGAAGAUGACGGGCAAGUCGCUUUCGUUCCGCCUCUUUUCGCGCAACGACAACGCGUCGCUCGUCAUCUGGAACGCGCUGCCUCCUAACUGGGUCCAGGCCGUGAACUACAUCUCGAAGACGAAUUUCGGCUUCGCGUAA